AUGGCACUGGACGAGCCAAAGGUGGCACCGGAAGGUGACCAGCACCAGCAACUGGACGGCAAUGGAACGAACGAGAAACGCGACGAAGCUCCCGACUACUACAAACGACCCAAGUUCAAGCGAAACAUCAUCCCGUUCGAUACGGAGGAUUUGACCGUGCGCGUAAUCCGGGAACGGUUUCUCGUCCCGAACCAGGUGUCCGAGGGCAGCCCGGCCCAGAAGGCGGGCCUCAAGCUGGGCGAUCAGAUCCUGCAGAUCAACGGGGCCGAUGCGUCGGCCAUGCGUCUCGCCACGGCCCAAUCCGUCAUCAAACAGGCGGGCGAACAGCUGCAGAUGAUCGUUGCACAAGACGACGAGAAAAACCGAACAGCUGAAGAGCAGGGUCAACCGAAGGAAACGCGCGAGGUCAAGUUCGUAGGUAAUGAGCAGCAGCCGGCGGCCGAUGUCACUAACAAACCCGCUCCCGAACCUAAAACCGACGAACGUGAAAAUUGGACGCAACCCCCGGAGCGCAAGGUAUGGCAUCCGAUCGUAUGGCAGCAGCCACCACCCCCAAUACCGCCGGAUCUAUACGGCAAGGAUGCACCGCAUCAGCAGCUGAUCGCGAACAUUCGCCGAUUGCUGACGGAGACGCGCAAAAAGCCGGAAGAGCAACAGAAAUACAUCGAGCGUAUGAUGCUCUCUCUACCGACCGGUUCCCGGCGGGACGAGGACGAAGAGGAACAGCCACCACCGGCCCCCAAACCAAAGAAGAAGAAGAAGAAGAACAAGGGCAAGGUCGGUGUGAAGGCGGCACCGCGGACACGCCUGGAUAGCGAAACGUCGGAGGAUGGGUCCGUGUCGGAGGUGGCUCCCGCUGUGGAACCGGCGGAACCGAUUCCGGAGGAAGUUAGUGUCGAGGCUUAG